AUGUCAAGGAGAGGUGGUCCAUCCUACACACCCUGCCAUUCGACCCGCAACGUAAACGGGUUAGUGUUCUGGUGCAACAGUCGGGUGAUGCUCGUGGGGAAGUACGUGUGCUUACAAAGGGAGCGGACGAUGUCAUGAUGGCACGUAGUACGACGGGAGAUGUGAAUGAUAUAGCCGAGAGCAUUGAGAU